AUGUUGAAUUCCAUUUCUCAGAGGCUGCAAGGCAAGGUCGCCCUGAUCACCGGCGGCGCCAGCGGCAUCGGCGCCGCCACCGCCAGGCUAUUCGCCAAGCACGGCGCCAAAGUCCUCGUCGCCGACAUCUCCAGAUCAGAAACCAGCGUCGCGGACGACCACCCGGCGAUCUCCUACGUCCACUGCGACGUCAGCAAGGAGUCCGACGUCCGGGAAGCCGUGGACGCCGCCGUCUCGAUGCACGGGAAGCUCGACGUGAUGUUCAGCAACGCCGGCGUUGUGGGGCGCAACAACCUCAGGAUGGACAUCGCCGCACUGGAACGGGACGACCUGGAGCGCGUGUUCGCCGUGAACGUGUACGGCGCGUUCUACGCCGCGAAGCACGCGGCCAGGGUGAUGAUCCCGAGGAACCAGGGUGGGGCCAUCCUUUUCACUGCCAGCUACGUGACCGGGGCGUUGGGGGAGUCCGGGCACCCUUACGCGGCGUCCAAGCACGCGACUGUGGGGCUGAUGAAGAACCUGACCGUGGAAUUGGGGCAGUACGGGAUCCGCGUCAACGCGCUUUCCCCCUACGGGAUCCCGACGCCGCUGUCGAUGGGGGCGACCGGGGUGACGGAUCCGAAGCUGAUCGAGGCCGGGGUGACGGCCAAGGUUGGCUUGGGCGGGGCGGUUCUCGAGGCGAAUGAUGUGGCGGAAGCGGCGCUUUACCUUGCCAGCGAGGAGUCCAAGUUCAUCAGCGGGUUGAAUAUAAUGGUCGACGGCGGCCAGCACCUGAAAAGUGCCUGA